UUGGUAAGGUGUAUCAUAUUUUUUUGGAAAGGGGUAUGUGCAGGUGGGAAGAGUAUGCACUUUUAAGUAAAUGUGGUGAUGGCAAGUCAAUGGGUUGGCUGUUUAGUUGAUUAUGCAGUGAUGUAUCGGGUGUAAAGUGUCAAAAUGUGAGAAAUGCAUGCCUGCCUCUUUGACUGGUUGUUUAACUUAAAGUCUAACUGCCCGACCGCCCGCCUCUUUACUGGACUAAUAGUGUAAAGAAAAGUUGAUUGUUUAAUCAAAGAAAAGUAAAAGUUGUGAAAUGUCCACUACACAUAGGCAUCGUUAUAAAAAUGCUGGACUGGACUCUUCCGAAAUGCGUAGACGACGCGAGGAAGAGGGCAUUCAAAUACGCAAACAAAAACGUGAGCAACAGCUCACCAAAAGACGAAAUGUGGUUUUGGAAAAUCCUAAUAGCGCCCUAUUAAAUAACAUGGAUAAUGAUAUAAUGCAGGAAUCUGAAAUGAUUCAACUUCCCAAUGAUAUUUUAACACCAACCGAAGGUUUGGAUUUAUCUAAGAAUUCAGAACUACAACAGCAGCAGCAACAACAACAACAACAGUACCAACAUAUACCUCAAACUGUGCUUAACCAUCAGCAACAACAACAGCAGCAGCAGCAACAAAAUGUUUACAUUUCACCACAACAACAGCAAACGAAUACCGUGAUUAAAAAAGAAAUGAUUGAUGCUUUAUAUAGUGAAAUCGAAAGUGUCCAAUUGGAUGCCACACAAAAGUUUCGUAAAUUAUUAUCUAGAGAUCCAAAUCCACCCAUUGAAGAAGUCAUACAAAAGGGUAUAGUUCCAAGAUUUGUUCAAUUCUUAAAGAACAAUAAUAAUGCUGCAUUACAGUUUGAAGCAGCUUGGACUUUAACAAAUAUUGCUUCGGGUACUUCACAACAAACCAAAAUUGUUAUUGAAGCUGGUUCAGUGCCCAUCUUCAUUGAAUUGCUCUCAAGUCCUCAUGAUGAUGUACAGGAACAAGCUGUUUGGGCUUUAGGUAAUAUAGCCGGUGAUUCACCAGCCUGUCGUGAUCAUUUACUUAACUCGGGCAUAAUGCAACCUCUAUUGCAUGUUUUAAGCACCACCGAACGUUUAACAAUGAUACGUAAUGCCGUUUGGACCUUGUCCAAUCUGUGUCGUGGCAAAAAUCCUCCAGCAGAUUUUACAAAAAUUGUUCAUGGUCUACCCAUAUUGGCGCGUCUAUUAAAUCACUCAGAUACCGAUGUAUUAAGUGAUACAUGUUGGGCCAUUAGUUAUCUAUCCGAUGGUCCUAAUGACAAAAUACAGGCUGUUAUAGAUGCUGGUGUUUGCAGGCGUUUAGUCGAAUUACUAAUGCAUCCCCAACAUAAUGUCGUAACAGCUGCUUUGCGUGCUGUCGGCAAUAUCGUUACCGGCGAUGAUGUCCAAACUCAAGUUAUUUUAAAUUGUAAUGCUUUGCCCUGCAUUAGCUAUUUGCUUACCUCACCUGUGGAUACGAUUAAGAAAGAAGCCUGCUGGACGAUCUCAAAUAUUGCAGCCGGCAAUCGUCAACAGAUACAAGCCGUCAUCGAUGCCAAUAUCUUUCCAACUCUUAUUAAUAUAAUGCAAACGGCUGAUUUUAAAACGAAACGAGAGGCCGCCUGGGCCAUAACAAAUGCCACAAGUAGUGGUACGGCUGAACAAAUACGAUAUUUGGUUCAUGUUGGUUGCAUACCUCCCAUGUGUGACUUCUUAACUGUCGUCGAUUCGGAUAUCGUACAAGUGGCAUUAAAUGCUUUAGAAAAUAUACUUAAAGCAGGUGAAAAAUUCACUGCAAGACCAAACCCCUAUGCCAUGGCUAUUGAAGAAUGUUCAGGUUUGGAUAAAAUCGAAUAUUUGCAAUCACAUGAAAAUCGUGAUAUAUAUAAUAAAUCCUUCUAUAUAAUCGAACAAUACUUUGGCAAUGAGGAGGAGGACGUACGAGUAGCACCCUCAGUAGAUGGUAAUCAAUAUGCAUUCAAUACGGAUUUAGGUGCUCCACAAGGUGGUUUCAAUUUCUAGCCUCCUCAAUUGAUGAUAAAAUUAUACUAAAAUUAAUUAUUAAUAUUAUUAUAAAAAAAAGAUCAUAAUGAUGAUGGACAAACUUAGUUAGUAAAGCUAUAAUGACUACCUACUACUAUUACUAUUGCUAAGACAAAAGUAAAUUCUCAACAAGUAUUUGCAACUAACUACAAACAAACAAACAAACAAACAAACAAACAAACAGACAAACAACCAAAAUAUGAAAUCUUUAAAAUGUAAAUGAGAUUUUAUUUAUUUUGUUUCUUUUUUUUUUGCAAUAGAAAUAUGUAUUUAUAAUGAAGAAAACAGAAUCUAGUAACUAUCAACUGUAAAACAUAAUGAAUAAUACAUUAAGUAAUUAACGAGAAUUAACUAUAAUAUAUGAAACACUUGCAAGAAAAAUAACUUCCAAUAGUCAAAAAAUUUUAUUAGUAAUUACUUACUAAACUACUAAUUAAUAUUGUAUUUAACCUUUAAAAUUUCUUUGCUUUGAAUGCAUUUUUUUGUUUUAUUUUUAUUAUUUUUUUUUAAUUUUUUUUUAAAGGCCUUAUUAUAAUAACUUUCUAGUAAACCUCCCCCCCCUUUCUUUCUUAAGCUUGGCUUUUUGUUGGCAUAAAUUCUUAUUAUUAUUUUUUUAUUUGUUUUAUUUAUAAAAAAUAUCCCAUUUCCAUUGCUUUACUAUGUAAUUUGUACAUAUAUUUUUUUUAAUUAUAUUUAUGUUAUUUAUUAUAAUUAAAUAUUAUAAUAAUUAACAAAUACCUAACAACUCCUCGUUAAUUUGAAGAAAAGUUUUAAAACAAACAAAACAUAUGUUGAAAAUAAUUUAUAGU